AUGCCCUCCCCGACGCACCCGCCCCGCCGCCCCGCCUCCGCCGCGCCGCUGCCCGAGCGGAACGACGUGCUGAUGACGCGCGAGCUCCUCCUCGGCGCGCUCCACGACCUCUCCCUCCGCCUCCAGGGCCUCUUCCCGAGCACCGUCCGCCUCGUCGUCCACGGCGGCGCCGUCAUGGUCCUCCACCCGCAGCUCGCCUCCCGCGACGCGACGCGCGACGUCGACUACCUCCACCGCGCCUUCGAGGCCGAGUGGCGUGCGCGCGGCGUCAUGGACGCCGGCGCGCGCCUGCUCACCGCGAUCAAGGGCACCGCCCGCGCGUACAAGCUCGGCCGGGACUGGAUGAACGCCGCUGCGGACGUCGCGCUGCCGAUGUCGUUCGACGCGCACGGAAAAAAGUACGACCCGAUCUUCGCCGACGCGGCGUCGGCGCAGAACACGGCGGUGAACACGCUCUUCACCUCGCCCGGGCUCGUGCUCGUCGGCGUCUCCUGGGCGUGGUCCGUCGCGCUCAAGCUGGUGCGGUACGAGAAGCACGACCCGCACGACAUCGCGAGCAUCCUCCGCCUCGGCCACCGCCAGCGCAACGUCCGCUGGACGCGCACCCUGCUCGAGAACUGGCUCCUCGGCCUCUGCGCCCCGAUGGGCUACGCCGCGUACGACCCGUGGCAGAUGGAGAACGCGCGCCAGCGGAUGCGCCACGCCAUCCAGCUCGCGUACGCCGAGGACGGGCGCGCGGCGCCGACGCAGCAGCGCCCGAUGUACGUGCACUGA